UUCAGUUCCUCUAAAUGUCUAUUUAGACGCUCAGUCUGUGAACCAUCGCACGACGUAUGAUCUCAUCGAUGGAGCUUACCCGUUAAGCAGUCGAUCGACCUUGCAGACUCGCCGCGGUCGCCCCCCACUCGAGAUCCCCGAAGUGUCCAACGAAAUUCUGGAAGCUAAAGCGCGCGCUCGUUCAUUGGCGGCCGCUCGUGCUGCUCGCGCCUCCGUACUGGCCCGAAAGGCUAAAGCAGAGCGGUGCGCGGUUGAACAGCGGGCUCGAGUACUUCGCACUCAACUGAUCGCACGUCGACGGCUUUAUCUGAGUUUGGCUCGAGCAUUAGCUGAUGAAGCUGUGGAUGAACAAAAACGUCCUUUUAUUGCCGCGGACAGUGAAUCGAUGGAAGAGGAAGAUUCGGAAUCGCCUCGGGUAGCCCAAGGUCGUCCUCGUGUCAGUCCGGUACAGACUCCAGGUUUUCCAGUUCGCCGUCCUCGCGGACGGCCGCCUACCUCUGGUCGUUAUCGUAUGAAUCGUGGUUUAAGGCGUCCACUUGCGGCAUCUCAAGUACCGUACCCAUCCGCGCCUUCCGACGCUGCUAACGAUGGAGUAGAUAAGGAAGAACAAGAGAACAAACCUGAGUGGACCUUGAACCGCGGUGCUUCGACUUUGCGACCUCGAGGGAUGCGCCGCGGAUCCACUCCCGGUCGUCGUGGUCGUCCGCGGGGCGGGGGUGUCUCUCGACCUAUACUUACUCCACGGAUGCCUGAGGCUUUGUUGCCCAAAUCGCCUCUCCAUAGUCCAACGCUCAAUGAAGCCAGUGAUGAUUCUAGUACGCCAUCCACGCCAAGCACAUGUCCUGCACUGGGUGACUCACGAUUGGAAGCUAUUCUCACCAUGCCCGACGAGGAAAAGACUACAGAGCAGCCUCCGUACGGUUCCGUUACACCUGAGCGAUCCGCGCAUACUUCGCGUGAUACCGUUGAUUUUGGACGCGGUCACCGUGGUACUCGCCGCCGCACCCGACGUCCAUUUGGACGUGGCUGUCGGGGUGCUGCGCGGCGGCCACUUGUAAACGUGAAUGAAACUCCGUUGUCGCGGCUGACGGUCCAUAAAAUCUCAUCUCCUGUCAAUUCACCUCCACCAGCUACGGCGAAACAACAAUCAUUACAACCUCAAGGUCAGUCAAUAAAGGCUGAACCGCCUACUUCAACAUCACCGGAUGAGUCUGCAGACAUAUACUGUUUAUGCCGAACGCCGUACGACCCCGGUCGGGUUUACAUUGCUUGUGAUCGUUGUGACGAAUGGUACCACGCCGAAUGUGUCGGUCUUACUUCACAACAAGCGGCCACCCAUGCGGGAACCUAUAUUUGCCCGCGUUGCACCGACACAAAAGUUCCAGAUGUGAUUGUUCCAGACAAAUUGGUCCUAAAGCAAGAACCCGAACCGGACGAAUCGGACGGGACCACGAAAACCCUGUACGACUCCUCACUCACCGUCGAUCUGCAGUCUCAGUUGUGCACCCUGCUACGUGACCUGCAGGAGCACAAGAUGGCAUGGCCUUUCCUCCAUUUACCCAGCCCCACCAAAUAUCCCGCUUUCGAAUCGUUGGAAGAUCCCAAAAGUAAGUGCCCGUUUGUUCUCACCAAUGAAUGCACGCCAGUACAUAUAGUUUUAUAUGUGGUCGAUUUCACUUUGAUUAACAUAAAACAAUGGUGCUCGUGUAUCCACUCCCUCUCUAGGCUGAUGUGGUUUACUUCCUUUUAUUUAUAUUUUCGACAGUGCUCUUAG